UUCUGUCAAAUGUCAAAAUAACUAUCUCUUAUAUAAAAACGUAAAUAAAUACACAACCAGUCGAAAUUUUGAUGAAUAAACCUAAGGAAACCUCUGCUGACCUGGAAAUGGCCUCAGCAUCUGGGAUAGCAAUUAAACAUGAGAUCAAAGAAGAGUUUAUUGAGGGGGACAACUUCAUGGCCUAUGAUGAUUUGGAGGUGAAAAAAGAGUCAACGUCCACAGAUGAAGAAGACUAUUUUGAUGGAGCAGACCAAGUCGAAAUGAAAUUUGAAGCCGAAGACGAAAGUCUUCUUGACAUAAGGAUUAAAAGUGAAGAAAUUAAUAAAGAAAUAGUGUCAGAAAUUAAAAAAAAUCCUAUUUCCAAAGAUAGGUUAUUUCAGUGUGAUAUCUGUCCCAAGAAUUAUAAAAAAAUGUAUAAAUUAACUGAACAUAAAAAGUUUAUUCAUCGAAAAGACGAGCUGGAAGAAUUUAAAUGCAGCAUUUGCAAUUAUGCAACCGUAAGAAAACAUAAUUUUAAACAGCACUUGAAAAUUCAUGACAAGAGUAGUUAUUUAAAAUGCCAUCUUUGUCAGUAUCAGAAUGUUCGGAUGCAGAAUCUAAAAGCACACAUUUUAUCCAACCAUAACCUACAAAAUACAGGAGAGGAUAAUGUAGAAACGACAGGAAUUGAUAAAAAUCACGAAUUUGAAGGCAACUGUUUUCGUUGUAAGAUAUGUCCUGAUAAAAAAUAUAGAAGAAAAGGUGGUUUAUUGCAACAUAUAAAAUUUGUGCAUAAAAAUCAUGAUCUGACCCAAUUUAAAUGCAGCCAAUGUGAUUUUACAACUUUAAAAAAUAAUCAUUAUAUACAACACUUAAAAAUUCACGACAAAAAAAACCAUUUCAAAUGCCAGUUUUGCCAGUACAGUUCUGCCCUGUCGAAGAGUCUAAAUGCUCAUAUAUUUAGUAAACAUAGAUUGGAAAAUACAGGGGAAAAUAAAAUAGAAUUAACAGGUAAAGUAUACGAGUGCACAAAAUGUCCAUACUCGACCCUUAUUAAAUAUCACUUCAAUACACACAUGAAAGCAUGUCUGAAAUUAAAAAACGAUAAAAGCUACGAAUGCCACCUUUGCGAAUACAAAACCAUCCACAAAAAUCACUUAACAAUCCAUAUAAGAUCCCAUAACGAAAUAAAAAAAUUGAAGUGUUUGUUUUGUUCUUUUCAAACUAAAAUCAAAAAUAAUUUGGACCGGCAUAUUCUAGCUAAACAUUUCGAAUUGCUGAAUGAAUCCAAUAAAAACAUCAUUACAUCCCAAAGCCACCAUUGCCAACAAUGUAAAUAUAUAACAUUAAACAGAUGCGAUUUAAUUGCUCAUUUAAAAACUCAUUCUGUUGAAAUGUCAAAUACCACGGAAAAUUCUGAUUUAAAUGAGCCUAAUAAGAUUUUAUAAUU